UAACAACCAAAAGGAGUAGUGAUCUACGGAUCGUAGACGCGGAAGCCAGUUAAGCGUAAGCUUCUUCUAUUCCGUCAACAACCAUUUGAACCAUUCGAAUUGGUUUACACUUGCUCGAAUAAAGAUUUUGGAUAUUGGCGAGUUUUCGAAGCUUGAGCUACAUGGAGAGAUGUAAUAAUAAAAUUCACUCUCAGUAGAUCUGUUACUAGUAUUGGUGAUUGAGGGUCAAAUGAAAAUUCGGACGAUAUCCGGAUUCGAACCAGCCACCGUUGGGUCUCGGGCCUGGUGGUACACCAACUGAGCUACGAGGUCCGACUGCUGAUCAGAUUUUUAUUUCACUUCAAUCAAUAACCGUUUUGCCCAACUGUCAUGUGAAUUCGUGACGUGUUACUAUUGCUUGAUCGUACUCACACUGACUGACCGCAGUCAGGACUUCUCAUCCUAAUCCAAAUCUAACUGAAUUAGAAUGAGAUGGAGGAGCAUCAUAUUGAUUAUGUGAGUGAGAUAACCGUGAUUUAACUGACUAGUAUUGACACUAAGGUAAUAAUUGAAGGUGACCGGAUUUCCAGUCUGGUGCUCUACCAACUGUUCUACGAUAAUUUAAGCUACGACACCCUAUUGCUAGGUUAGAUUAUCUUUCUUUUUUUUCGUUCUUCCUGUUUUUAGUAUCAUGUCAAAAAGUUUGAAGAGUAUCUGUCGAAAAAUUGUUGCAGUUGGCAGGAAUUAUGCGGAUCAUGCAAAAGAAUUGGGAAAUAAAGUUGAAAAUUCACCGGUUAUCUUUAUUAAACCUCCUAGUUGUAUAAUUGAAGAAGGUGAAGAUAUUAAAGUACCAAAUGGGACAACUGAAAUUCAUCAUGAAGUUGAACUAGGUCUUGUCAUUGGCAAGUCGUUAACAAAUGCUAAACCAAUUGAAAUUCAAUCUGCUAUAUUAGGUUAUGUAAUCGCCUUAGAUUUAACUGAUCGUCUAUUACAAAAUUAUCUCAAAUCGAAACAAUUACCAUGGACCCUAGCAAAAUGUUUUGAUACAGCAUGUCCUGUUGGAUCAAUUCUCCCCUUGACCACAUUACCAAUUGAUAUUUUGAAAGAUCAUCAACAGUUUAAAAAUGUUAACAAUGAAAUCUGGUUGAAAGUUAACUGUAUUGAACGACAACGAUCAAAGCUGAAUAGGAUGAUUUGGACACCAGCAGAUUUAUUGUCUAUAAUUAGUGAAAGAAUUUCAUUAGAAUAUGGUGAUUUAGUAUUGACUGGUACACCUGCUGGUGUUGGCUCACUCAAAUCUGGUGAUGAAGUUCAAGCUGGUUUAGAUAAUCUAUACUGUGUAAAAUUUAAAGUUAAAUAAUUGUUUCCUGAGAUUCUACAGAAUCUCUAUAGGUUUUAACUUGUAAAAAUUUGUUAAUAAAUGUUGAUUGAUAUUUCA